UUUUUGAAAUGUUUGGUGACUCCAUAUUUGUUUAUAAUUUUUCUGUCGUGAUUUUUAUUUGACACAAAUUGGAUAGUAAGCUUUUUAUUUUGUGUUUAUUAACUGUGAGUGAUUAGUUAAGCGUGUUAGUUACAAGCAUUUUAAAAUGAUAAAUUUAUUGUGUGUGUUUUAAGGGAAGGUUAUAUUAUUUACGUGUGUUUUCUUUUAUUGAGCCUGUUUAUUUUUCGAAGCAAAAAUGACAAUGCCAAAGAGAAGAACGGCAAAUUUCCGUGAUGAUGAAACUAGAUUAUUGAUACAGUUGUGGGGUAGUCCUGCGAUUCAGAAUCAAAUGAACACGUCACACAGGAAAGCGCCAAUUAUGUUGCAACUCGCAUCACUCAUGCAGCAAUACGGGUUUUCUCGUACGCCAGAAGAAAUCACCACACGGAUAAGGAAUUUGAAGUGUAUUUACCAUCGAAUCAAGAAGUCUUUACGAACCGGCGUUGGUUUGGUUGACCCCGAUUGGCAUCAUUUUAAAGCCAUUGAUGCCAUAUUAGGAGAAAAUUCACCUCAUAACCGUAUUUCUAAUAGGCCACCAGUAUUCUCCACACCGUUUAUUAAAACUGAAAAAGAAAGUGUAGAUGAAAUAACAAAUUCAAUGUACAGCAAUGACAGUCAUAGGUAAAAAUGAAAUCUCGUUGUACGACGAGGACAAAGAAGUGACGGGCAGCUAUGUGUCGUCGCCGCCCAUGCAGGGCCUCACCAUCACGUCCUCGACGUCGGGGGCCGUGGACCUGAUAUCGGUGCUCAAGUCCAACCACAUCGCGUCGAAGGCCAAGUACGCUCGCGACGCGGAGCGUGGGUUCGGGGCACGCGUGGAGGCAGCGAGACGGCAGUACUUCGCGUCUCCGUCCUGUGUUGGCGUUGCAGACACCUCCCGAGCCAACAAUAGCUCCGAGGAGUCCAGUUUCAGGAGCCCGGAGCCGAAGAGGAGAUGCAUGACACAGAACGACAAUGAAGUGUCCAGCCUGCUCCAGCAGCUGCUGGAUGUGGAACACGAGCACUUGCAGCUGGAGAAGCAGCGGCUGGAGUUCGACCGCAUGAUCGGCACGCAGCUGCUAGCCUUGGUGCCCAUGGUGGGCAGCAUCCUGCAGAACCACUUCCUGUCCCAGCAGCGGGGGCAGCAGGGCCCCUCCUCCCCGCCCUCCCCGCCCCCGGGAGACCCUCCCUCCACCCCGCACGACGGGGACGCCUUCCCCGUCAGCAGCUCUCUGCCCGAGGGCAACGACCGCAAGGACGAUGCCAGCGACGAGUCGGACGCAGAGUCCUUGUCCGAGUGCUCGUACGGCGAGUCGCCCCCCACUCCCCCCGAGCUGGCCUUCGAGGUCUGCUCGAACCCGCCCGUCGCUUACGAGAGCCGUGACUGCGAGGCCGAGAAGGUCUGAUUGCUUCGUACUCUCACAUGAGCUGUUGCUGCCACUAGUUAUGUUCAGCUGUAAAAUUAAAAUUUUAAGACUGUUUAUUGUUAUGCUAUAAACUUAAUCUAUACAUGAAAAAAGUAGGAAUGAUAGAUCACCCCCCUUCCCCCCUGAAGAUCAGUUUUUUUUUAAAUUAAUUUUUUAGAAUUAUUUACUGUAUUUAUAAUAUUUUUGUAACAGUAAUGUGAUUUAUAUAGUUAACUCAUCUGUAGGAAAAUGUACUAGCAUUCAGCAUUGUCAUAUAUUCCAUUAUCCAUAUUUUUAAUGGAAAUGGGUAGAUUUUUUAGACUGUUUUGUUGUUAUCAGUGUGUCUACUGGGUUAUGAGUCACAUAACCCCUGAAAAAGUUUGUGUAAAAGGUGUUGAAAGUCUCAUAAAGUAGUGAGUCUUGAUUUUGUAUGUACUGUGUUUGAAACUUCUCCAUCACACUCAAUAUGGAAUUGUUUAAUGUGAUCUUUAAUAAUUCUACAGUUAUAACCUGGGCUUUUAAACAAGUUUGAGAAAAACUAUAAAGGGAUUCAAUAUAAAAUUAGUGGUGGUAAUUUUAAUUUACAGAUUUGUGUAAUUUUUUUUUACUAUUGUUAAUCAUAACCAAAUCCUGGAAGUGUAAAAUAAAAAAACUAACUUUUUUUUUAGAUUGCUUCUACCCAGUAGACACCCUGGUUAUGAACCACCUAAUGGAAUGUGUGUUUUGCUGGUCGAAUCAUUUAGAUUUUUUAAUUAAAUUUUUAUUUAGAAUGAUUAGUGAAAUUAACAAUUAUUGGCAUAUUAUUAAAUGUAACUUAUAAGCAUUGAUGUAGGGACAAUCAUGUAUUUACUUUAUUAAUGCUUAUAAUUAAUUCAUUUGUCUCUCUUAUAUUUUAGUUACUGAUUAUAUUGAGUAACUUUAGUAUGUAAUUAUGUAAUAUUUAAUGUGUAUUUGGUUAGAUAUUUUGUCAGGAAGUAGAGAGAUGUAUGACAGUAUUUGUUUAGUGACUAAUCAAGUUAGGUAAGUUAAUGUAAUAAAUCCAUGUCAUAUGUUCAGUUUGUUAUUUUAUUUGUUAGUGCAUUGUCUGUUUUUGUUGUUUAUGUUAGAGAAUGACUUGCCUUAAAUUUUUUAGAUUUUUUAGACUGGUAUUUAAUUUCUUUUGUCAUUCUUGUAUAGUUAUUUUUAAGUGAUGAAUCUAAACUGCCAACACUUAAAUCUGUAGAUAGUAUUUUUGUGUCGUGUUAAAUGAAACAUACAGGUAAUUUCAGCAAAGCACAAUUUAUUAUUAUUUUUUAAUGAUAUUUUUAUCUUCGUACUAGACCAAUAACAUACAUGGAUAAUUACUGUUAAAAUGCAUAGGAGCAUGCUCAAUCAAUGGAUAUCAUGUUACAUACUUUUUUAAAAGAAAAAAAAUAAAUUGUGCUUUGUUGAAUUCUACAUAAGAGUUUAAGUUGACGUAGGGUUGUGCGAAUAUUUGGUUGUAGCACCAGUUUAAGUAUUUGGAAUAUAUACUAUUUUAAACUUCUUAACAAUUCUCAACAUGAUUAUCAAGUAUACAUUCAUUUUCAAUUUGAAUUAAUAUUUGAGUGUCCAAUCAAAAUCUACGUAUUUAGUUUAUGUGAAAUUAUUGUGAAAGUUUUAAACGGUGACAAGAGUUUCAUUAUAAACAGUGAGGGCGUACCGGUGUUAAGGUUCGAAUUACGGGUGGAAAUAGUGGGCGCCACCACGCGAGUGGGCACGUGGACCCGGCUGGAUACUCUUACUCAGGGCGUUACGUGGCCCGUGUGCGGCGAGAUAUUAGCCCUCCUGAUUUUUAAUGCAACACCUGUUCCUAACCAAGCCCGCUCUCAGCGUCGGGCACGUUUCUAAUUAACCGCAGUGGGCUCUUAGGGCGUCCCACAUGCCGCUGACUGGUUAAGGACCCACGUGGCCCCCCCGAACACAAUGACACGUGAUUCAAUUAAGUUGGUUUUAUUUACUCAUGUUACAUGCCCUUAUACAAUCCUUCCUUGAUACUGUUAGAAAACGCCCGAGGCACAAAUCGAUUUAGGUGAGGAGGCGAACCAUGCACGUGGUCGCCUCAAGUCGUUACUUAAUACACGGAUGACCAAAAACUCCGGAGAGUAUAAGAAUUAUUAAUUAAACAGUCUCUCCGACCGAGAGAGGCCCUGAGGAUAGAAUGAAAACGAUUUGAAUAAAUUACUUAACAGAACUACUCGGUGACUCAACGGUGAUGUCCUCGGGGUGUCUGCAGAGACGUCCGCUCUCGGCCGGCUGAAGAAGGAGACUGGGCUGAGACAAGGGCUUGCGGCAGGCAACAUGGCGCCCUUCGCGCCGAACACAAUUACCGUUAACAUCUUAGCUAUUGCGUGCCCCGGGUUAUUAUUGAAAAUAACAUGAACUCUUUAUAAAAAUUAGCACAUUACAUCCAUGACCAGACCGUCUGUAAUUAUUACUUAUGUGGUAGAAAAUAGUUUAAAUCAAGUUAUAUGCUAGUUCCUCCGUCGCCCGCUAGGGAGCGUCCAUGUCCGUGCUUGCACGUAUUUUAUUACAAAAACAUAAUAAAUUAAUGAAACAAAAGGCACUCACGUACACAAUCGUCGUGACACUGUUUUGGGGCGAAAAGAAAAGGGUUACAAUAAUUAUUAUUACAUAUAGGGGUGCGGCGCACUGCAGCUAAGCGCCCUCUUGCUGUAGUUCGUGGCGCGCAGUUUAAAUCUCACAUGGCUACGUACGUCACGAUACAAAUGCCGGGUAGGAAAGGUGGUGGGAAAGGGAACGGAGGAUGAUCAGGCUCAUGGGGCGAAGCCCCGGCUGACGUCAACAGCAAUUUUUGUUUUAUUUGAAAUGUUAUGAAAAAACUUUUCUAAACAGCUUUGAUGAUUUUGCCAAGUAGCUGAUAUUGUGCAUUUCAUUCUAAUUACAUAAUUUUUCCCCUUUUCCAAGAGAACAAGGAAUGUUUUCAUUAUUUUGCAACAAUUUUCAUCAACAGUUCAGACUUCUUCAAAAAUUUUAUUUUUAUCUAAUUUCCACCGAAGUUCUGAAAUUUUUGUUUGGUGUACUGUAUGGUAAUUAAAAAAUGUAAGUACACAUGAUAUAAACUUCAUGUUUAUAGCUUUGUUUACUUUUUUUAUGAUCAAUGCAUUUGUAGAGGUCAUUAUGCUCUUGAUAGAUUAUUUUAACAUAAGCGAAAGCCCACAGCGUAGUUAGUCUUAACUGGGUGUUCGCAAGUGGUAGAGUAGACAUCGCUGCUGUUUUUUCUCUGGUAAUUUCCAUUUUCCCCUAGCACACUUCCUCAUUGCUGCAUCAAAAAGCCUUCCUUAUAUGUCUCGUGAGGGAGAUUGUUAUUACGAUAACAUGGGUCAGGCUGUAUAAUUUGUUUUCAGUAGGAUUCUAUAAAUACAUACAAUUUUAGUUUUUGUUCAUACCUCAAUUUUCUUUUACGCAUAAGAAAUACUGCAUCCUUCCUAUUCCUGCACUACCCCUACAACAACAACAACAAAAAAUUGUAUGGGAAAUGCGAAAUGGUAAAGGGGAGUAUUUCAAAUUCUAUUACUUAUAAGCCACCGCUUCUAUUUUAAAAUGAAUACAAGCACAUACAUAAAAUUGUAUUUUGUAUUGCAGGAUGUAAUUGACUGGAAUUUUUCAUAUCAAAAGAUUUUUGCAUUUCACUCAUGUGUCUACGUUAGAGUGAAAGAAGAAAUUGUCAAAAUUAAAUGAAGAAUGCAAUUAACAUGCGUGCCACUUUGCAUGAAUAUUAAAUUUAAUUUUAAGGUUAGUUCUUUCUGAAGAACUUAUUGCUAGGGCAGUUAUUUGAAGAAUUGAAUGCUGCAUGCUUGCUUUUCAUCUAUCUUUGUGUAAGUUUUGAGAUCUGGUUUGCAUGUAAUUCAAAAGCUAUUGUAGUAAAUAAUUGUAUGCACAACUGUGCAAAACAUAAUGACGAUACAGAUGAUAAGUAUAAAACAGUUUUCAAUAAAAAUUUUAAAUAUUGUACAUUUUGACCAUCUAUAUGUUUUGAUUUAUCUAAUAGCUGGUGUUGAAUAGAAACGUUAGUAAUAAACGGUUUUGAUUGGCCAGAUUAACAAAUUUUUACAUCAAUAGGUUGUUUGUUCUUAAUUUAAGUGUUGGCAGUUUUUAGAACUAGUAAAAAUUAAGGUUUACUAUCAUCCUACUUGUUUUUGUUGUAUGCAUUUAUUUUAGCAGUGGUGUUUUAUAAGAGGCUAUCAAAAAGUAUUCCAGCCUGACUUCUUGAAAGCAUGUAACGUUUCGUAGCGUGUGCUUUGGUAACUUGUUCCAAGGAGCAGUCAAAUUAAAGAUGACCAAGUAAAAAGACUGUGAAUGUCCUUGAGAAAGCCUGUCUUUGAAUGCUCACCAGAUUGUAGAUCAAAGCUUCAAACUCGAGAGGCCAGCACAGGGCUGGUGCGAGGCCUUCAUGCCAAGGAACAGUCUGUUCCUCCAUGCUUGCUUCACCCAGAAUAUAUAUUAAAGUACAAAUUUGUGAAAGUCUCAUUUUGCCACAAGAACUGUUAGAUCAAGGGGUUAGUUUUGUUUUUAUUAUUUAAACUAAAAAUGUUGGUGAAUUUGUUAUUUUAUAGACAAGUCACAGUAGCAUUUUUCCUUAGAAGCUGUUCACAAGUACACCUAUCCCUCACUUAGCACGAAUAAUUCGUUCCUAAAAAUGCUUGUGUUAUUUGAAGUAGCGUAUUCUGAAGCAUUAGUUUCCAUAAAUAGCAAGGCUAAUUUAUUUAAUGUGUUCCAAAAUUGUGUAGGAAUAUAAAUGCAUUGGAUAACACUCAACUAUAAAUAUGUCACACUAUUUAUCUUUAUAUGCCUCCCAUCGCACUUUGUAUGACAAAUACACCACAUAACGGGAGCUACGUGGUUAUAUAUUUUAUCGUCAGUCGGCUGGCUGACUUGCCCGCCUGGGCGUGACCUUCAACUCACAUCGCGUACCUUUCCAAACCAUCCUUUACUGACAGUGAAACCGAUAUUACUGUCCGGAUAAUUACAAUUUAAUUUUUCAAAAAUAAAGUGCUUAUUCGUGUAUCACCACCUGGUUCACACCAAUUCUGUCAGGCCAGUGAUUAUUUUUUUCAUUGCAACAUUCAUUUAACAACCUUUUCCACGUGAACCAUCUGUUCAUUUCGGUUCCGGUUUCUAAUGUCAAAUAUAUUCAACUAACAGCAUCAGACUUAUGUAUAUAAAGAUUUGGUAAGAAUCCUAAUUUCGUACGAUUGUGCGCACAGUUGACUUGCUAUAAACUAAAGUUCGACCAACAUAAGCGUGGCCUUCAUGACAAUCUGCGUGCCGUAAUACUUCUAAUUUUGUCUCAAUUAUUUGAAAAGAUGCAUUAGCCACGGCGACAUACGCACGGAAAUAAAUUAUUUGGUCCUUUACACUCCAUAGCCGCAAUUUAACUUGCCCCCUUGUUUUGCUAACUAUCCCACGGCACAUCUGUCGUUUACAUAAGUUGAAACAGACUUUGUGGUGUCGUGCUUGACUUUUUUUUUUCCUGCCGAGAUUUCGUGCUAACUGAAAUUUACAGACGUUCUAUUCAAGGAUGGGGCAAUAAAAUUCACAUCGCGCUAAAUGAAUCCGCACAGUCUGAAGACUUGUUAAGUGAGGGAUAGGUGUAAUAAUUUUUUUUUUAUAUUGAACUGAUAAACAUUCAAUCAUGCUCUGAAUGACUUAAUGCCUCUUUAUAAUUUUUUUAAAAAAUUUUCUAAUUUAAAAAUGAAGAUGCUCACUAAAACAUGGAAACAGCAUUGUAAGAAGUUAAAUGUUUUCUGUAAAUUUUAAAUUUUAUGGACACUCAUAAUGUUUAGCCAGAUUCGUGAUUGGUUAUUUUACUAUAGUGUUUUUAAGAUUUCUGAAUAAUCAAAUUGUGCUUAAAAUCAGAAUAUCACCAACAUUGACUAUUCACAUUGUCCUUAUCUGAUGUGUGUGAGAAAUGUUCAUGAAAGAUCAGUUGUUUAAAGAAUAUAAUUAGCUAUGUACUUUACAUCAUCACUGGUGACAUGCAGUGUUAAAGAUUCAAAUGUAAUUUAUUUUGUAACUAUUGAAAAUACAGGUAAGUUUUCUUUUUGGUCCACAAAAAUGUACAAAUAAUAACCUACAUAAAGAAAAAAAUUCUAGAUUAAAUUUUACCUUUAAUUAAAUUGGCUUUAUGGGCAUCAUGGUGUAUACAGAUCACUGCAGUCAUUAAGAAGUCCUGAAAUAAAUAAACGGUCAUGGUGCUGGAAGUCCCAAAACUUUACUUUCCAGCAGUUUUUUUUUGCAGACUAACUGUUUUAGCUCCCCUCCCCCCUUUCAAAUUUUAUUCUUGCAUUUGAAAAGGUUUUUUUUUUGUUUUAUCUAUUUUUAUUAUAUUUUAUUUUGCUUAUUAUGCAAUAAAAAUAACUGUAAUGUAAGUAAAGUUGUAAGAAAAUUGCAUUUAAUGUCCCGAAGAAGUCUUGAAAUUACUUACUUCACCAGACGACACUAAAUCAGCAUUACUGCAAGUGCAGUGAUAACAAGGCAGUAGGCGUGGAACUGUAAUGCUUAAUUGCAGUGAGGAAAUAAAAACUGUGAAUAUCUUCAAGUGGCCGGUCUGGAAACGUUUUUGAUGAUGGUACUGUGUUCACCUGUGCAGCGACAGGUACAACAAAAGUUUAACCUGUAUUCACCAAAGGUUUUCACGUUUGAUAUUCACAGUAGUAUUAACUUGUUCUGUGCUUAUUCCAUUGUAGAUUCAGGGAAAGUGGCCAUGUACGUACAUCUGCUCAUUACUAAUAUUGACUUAUUUUCAUAGUUAAUGAAACAUAAUAUAAAAAAAUGUACAUUCUUGGUACAUAAAAAAAUGAGCAUCAGCGAAAGAAUACAAAAUUAUUGUGAGACUAUAACCUCAUAAUGGCACUAAAGCACAAGAAAUGAAAUUUUUUUUUGUAUUAAAAGAAGAAUUUACUUUGUGAAGGAAAUUUAAUUUUGGACGAGGAAAAUAAUUACAAGACACGAAAUUUUUAUCUCAAGAACUGUGGGAAAACAAAGAAAAUUCUAGAGCUGGGCCGAUACCGAUCGUAAUAAUCGGCCGAUUUUGUUAAUUUUGCCGAUCAUAAUGAUCGGCAAAACGUAGCCGAUUAUUUGAGCCGAUCAUUGGUCUCCUACUGCAAACUUAUAACAUUGAAUAAUUACCUAUACCUAACAACUUUCCAUGUUUGUUUACAGUACUUUUCGGGAAGAAAAUUUGAUUACUCAUCGAAAAAUAAUAGGAUUUAAUAAUUUAAAACUAACCACACACGAAAAAAAAUAUACCAAUAAAGUAAACAAAUACCGUAAGUUUUAUAAACAUUGAACAGUUACAUACCUAAGUAUCAAUUUCCACGUAUAUUUACGGUACUUUCGGUAAAAUAAUUUUCAAUUAUACUAUUUGUAAAGUUAUUUAUCAUUUACGAACCGAAAACUAUGUAUUUGUUUACCAUUUACGGUUAAUAUUACCGGAAUGGCGAGUGGCGACUGUUGUUUAGGUUGGUUAUAUGACGCCAGAGAUUAGUGACGCGCGUCGCGCGACGGAAUUCCGUGGGCCGCCAAACUCUGCAACGCUGUUUGUACCGACCCUUUGUGUCGCCCCCCCCCCCCUCCCCCCUUUUCAGCUGUCACAUUUGUCACUCUUUAAACUUGAGGGGGAUGUCCUGACUUCUGCUUCCCGUCUCCCGUUUGUUUGAAUGUUGUUUGACGUGCUGCUGAGUUACUUUCCGCCCGCCAACGCACGGCAGGCGCCUGGCGAGUGACGUGUCUGGCUGGCAUUCGGCUGGUCGAAGUGGAGGAGGGGGUUGGGGAGCUACCCAAAAUUUAUGUGUACAAGGUCAGCACGAUCUUAUCUUUCUCUCUUCGGCUGUUGUAAAUGACCGUGAACUAAUGGCUAGGCAGUGCCGUAUUUUUUUAAGCCGAGACAACAAUUCGAAGGCGGCCCUUACCGUUAACCGAUUAUCCGGGUUUAUUUAUUUAUUUAUUUUUACAGAAUUUCAAUUAUCCGGGCAUCGGCGGGUCCCAAUGAACACGAAUAAUGGGGAGUUUACUAUUUUUAUCCAUCUGCUGCCAAGGCGCAGUAAGCCUCGGGAGAUGUUACGUCACAUGACCUUGGCCUUAACCCAGCUGCACGCUGGUGUCUGAGAAGCUUGACAAGACCUUCCGGGCUUACCUGUAUAAUCGCUAGUCCGUGAAAUUUAUUAUGUCGUGAUUUUUAAGUAAUCAUGUCAAUGAAAAGUAGUUUUGUCUGGGAAUAUUUCACCGUUUAUAGUGAUCCAUCAAAAGCAACGUGUAAUCAGAGGUACUUGAAAGGCUCUAAUCGGCUCAGAAGAUCGGCAGCAGAUGAUCGGCAUCGGCAUGAUCGGCAAAAUAGGUGAUCGGCCCAGCUCUAGAAAAUUCUUUAAUAUGUUUUGUGGUGAUGUGCUGUACAUGUUCAUGAAUGAUUGUCUAGAAUGUCAUUUAAAAUAUUUUUCACAAAACUGAUGAUUGCUCUUACUUUCCAGGAAGAGAAAGCUGUUGCCUUUUAUGUUUAGCUCUAGUCUUCAGUUUUCCUGAUAGGUACUGAAAUGUUAUACUCAUACUCUAGUUACUGUUAGUAACUGCCCCAUGACAGCUGUGCCAUUGGCGAAUGUGCACACAAAGUGCAUACUUGUAUAUUUAUUAAUUAAUAACAUAGUACAAAGCAUCUGAUGCCAUGUAGAGGUACAAAAAUUUGUAAAAAAUAUGUUAUGUAGUCUGAUACACCCGUAGCCUCCUGUAACAGGAAAUACGUCAAUAAAUAUGUAUACAGCAAGUUUAACUCAAACAGGUAUAUUUGCACCUUCACUACAGAGUAGUUGUAACUAUCGGAGGUUAUUUUACAAUUGCAGUCCUCCUGGUAUUAGUGUAAUACGUAGUUUCACAGCAGACUUGAUGUAAAUCAGUAUUUAACUGUUCAGUAAUGCUGAAAAUUAUUUAUUCCAGAAGCUAGAUCAACCUCCAGUGUAAUGUAGGAAUCUGUUUAAUGAUGCUAAGUUAAUACGAUCUAAUGCAGGUUUUAAUGCCAGUUGAUUAUAAAGUUAAUUGUAAUGUUUUGUUGUAGUAUGAACUCUUGCUGAGUUUAAAAUUAUAUAGUUUGUAGGAAUAAUUUGUGAAAUUAUUUUGUAUGUUUGGCUUUUUCGAAUUUUUGUUACAAUUAAAGUGUAUUAUUUAACAUUGUAUACUCACUAGCAAAAAUAAAAAUUUAUAAAAAACUAAAAAAGUUUUAUUUUCAAAAUGUUCAAAUAUUACUUCAUUAUUGAAUGUGUACAGUUAUCAUUUCAGCAUACAAUUGCAUAAUUCACAAGUUUCUCAAGAUGCAAUGUGAGGUGUAUUUGGAUUAAACCC